AUGCCUACUCUCACAGUUGCCGACGGCGUCGAGCUAUAUUAUACAGACAGUGGUGAUUCACAGGCCGUAUGCCAUUUGCCGUCUUCGCUCGGUGUGACCGCUCAAUUUUACCUGUUAGAAAUUUGGAAGAGAGUCCAGUCGCACGCGUACAAUGCCAACACACGUCUCGUUGCUAUCAAUCGUCGUAACUAUGCUGGCUCAACACCCUAUUCUGAACCUGAAGCUGCGGCCGCAAUCAUCACGUUCAUGUCCAACUUCAUACUGGAACAAGACACGCCUCCUAUCUCCCACGAUGGCACCGGCGGCGGUAUAGCUCUCGUUGGGUGGUCAGCCGGAAAAGCCUUCACUACGGCUGCUAUAGGCAGUGUUGACCAGGCUCCGCUGGACGUUCGAGAGCGGGUAGCAUCGCGCAUGCGCGCAUUAAUCAUGCAUGAGCCACCUGCACUUGCUCUAGGUCUCCCGAUUGCCCCUGCAGCGUGGUCCCCUCACAUCGAUUUUUCAGUUCCUGAAUGUAUACGGCCGCAGAUGUUCACUCCCUGGAUCACAUCGUAUUUCAACCAUGGCGAUUUAUCAACGCGAAAUCGUGAUGUGCUCUCUUACAUUGUCCCCUCGCUCGACCGUAUACCAUCAAUCUACAACAUGUCGGCGGAGGAACGACGAGAGAUUGUGGACGAAAGUGUUGACCAUAUGUCUGCAAUGUUCGUCUGCAUGCCACAGGCUGUGGCAAGGUAUAGAAGGGCGUGCUUUGAUCGUUCGCUUCGAGCUCUGUUGCCGAAAAUGAAGGUCUGGUGCUUCACGGGGGAUGCUACUUCCUGGUCACAGAUCGACGCGUUUUGGUUGAUUGAGAAGGAUAAUGCUGACCGUGGCGGAGGCUUCAUAAAUUUCAAGGUUCUUCCCGGGUUGAACCAUUUCAUGCAGUGGGAUGAUCCGGAAAAAACUCUGGAGAUGUAUCUCGAGGCGGUUGCUUAA